AGGCCAACGGGACGGUUCAGGUGAAUCUCCGCGUCGUCAACCGCAACUUCACCGACGAACUCAACGACAACAACUCCCCCGAGUACAAGGAGUUCGUCAAGAACUUCACCGAGCAGAUGUACGACGUCUACAAGGCCAUCGAGGGCUACAGGGGCAUCGAGGUGCAGAGACUCAGCCCGGGCAGCGUGGUGGUCCAUCACACCGUCAUCGUGGCCCUGCCGGUGACCACCCAGAGCCAGGAGAAGCUCCACAACGUCACGGUCGACCUGCGGCAGAAGGUCGAGGCGGUGUUGCCGCAGUUCAGCUGCGAAGACGAGUUGUGCUUCAACUCCACCGACAUCUCGGUCGCCGAAGACCGGAUCGAAUUCAACGAGACGGCCCAUUGCCAGAGCGAAGUGCCCGAGAGAUACUGGAAAUUCUUCUUCCCCAACCUGACGAGCUCCGGGUUGACCUGCGUGUCCAACUGCACGCCGGGCACCGCCGGCACCUUCGACUGCCACCGCGGGACGUGCCGGGUCACCGAGGGAGGCCCCCUGUGCUUUUGCGACGAGACCAACCUCUACUGGUACCAAGGCAACCGUUGCGCGUCGCGGGUCAGCAAGUUGGGCGUGGGCCUGGGCGUGGCCGUGGCCGUCCUGGCCGUCACCGUCGCCGUCCUCGCCUUCUUCCUCUUCCGGGCCCGGAGGUCCCACCUGUCCCACGGGGAGCGGAUGAUGAUGGACCAGUGGUACCAGGACAGCAGCGAGGAGUGGGACCGCCCGGGGAGCAUCACCUUCCACAACCGAGGCGCUCAACUGGAAGACGACGACGACGCGUUCGACCGCGGUGCCGUGGAGCUGCCGGCGCCGGUCCGGAUCCCGAGGCCGAGGGAGAUCGUGACGGAGUUCUGA